UCUGAGAUCAGAAACAUGGUUUGUCAAGUAAUUACAACCACUACAAGUUCACCUUUGCCGACACAAAUGGUAACUCUUCCGUCGAUACAUGUUGCCAAUCCUAAAGAUAAGGUUUGUAAUGUGCCUGGAGACAUCGUAUUUUUAAUUGAUGGAUCCAACAGUAUGAGCGAUGCGGACUUUCGGAAACAAAAGAAUUUUGUGGCUAAUAUGAUAGAUAACUUUGAAAUCGGAAAAGAGUUUAUACAUGUUGGUAUUGUGGUAUUUAGUACAGUGAUUGGUGAUAUAGUCCACCUACAACCGUCCAGAUCAAAAGAUUUAUUGAAAAUUUUAGCAAACAAUUUACGACAUCCGAAAGUUGGUACCAAUACAGCGUUGGGUAUUGAACGUGUGCGUAAAAUGAUGCGAGAGGAAGGACGUUCUUUUGCCCCAAAAAUCAUGGUCGUUGUUACCGAUGGUCGAUCUGCCUCGCCCGCUCUCACAUCCUUGCAAGCAUCUUUGGCCAAGGCUGAAGGACUAACUGUUAUUGCUAUUGGUGUGGGAAGUGCCAUGUUCAAGGACGAGCUGGAAAAUAUUGCCAGUGACGGAGGGAAAAUGUUCCAGGUGACCAGAUUUCAAGAUUUGGAAUUGAUUAUAAAUGCAAUGAGAAAUUUGAUUUGUCAAUCUAUAACAACAACAACAUCAACGACAACGACAACUACAACACCGGCUACAAUCAACGUGCCUUAUCCUGAUGGUCUAUUUUGUGACGUCGCUGCUGAUGUUGGUUUCGUAAUUGACGGGUCAAAAAGUAUAUCCUCCGGGGAUUGGCCAAAGGGACUUAAUUUCGUUUCUAACGUAAUAAAUAACCUAUACAUUACCCCGGAGGGUAUACAUGCUGGUAUAGUAGUAUACAGUACCUUUAUAAACGAAAAAGUUUCUCUGAACCCCUUUAAACCAAAGCCGUUGUUGAUGGCCAUGGCUAAACGUUUGAAACAACCAAAACAGGGAACCAACACCGCGUUGGGUGUUGAUACUAUGAGACAGAUGUUCCGGAACCAAGGUCGAUAUGACGCACCGAAAGUUAUGAUUAUUGUCACUGAUGGAAAAUCUACAAAUCCUGGACAGACUAAAAUCCAAGCCGCGAGAGCAAAGGCCGAGGGUGCUAUUAUAAUCACAGUCGGUAUCGGUGGCUCCAGUAUGUUUAAAGAUGAAAUCCGUGACAUCGCUACCAAUAAUAAAUACUUUGAAGUGGCAGAUUAUAGAUCGCUUACAACCAUUAUUCAGCAACUUAGAGAUUUAAUUUGUAUGGUCAUAACAACAACGCCUCCAGCAAUAAGCACAACACCACAACCACCGCCACUGCUGCCACCAAUUCCUGGUUGUGACAUUCCUGCAGAAAUCAUGAUCCUCACUCACGGCUCAGAAAAUAUCAAUGAAUACAACUGGAACAAAAAUAAAGACUUUAUAGUAAGCUUGAUAAGGAACUUGAACGUCGGUAAAACCCAGCACCAUGUCGGAUACGUUGUAUACAGUAACACAUACGGCGAUACGAUUGGAUUAGAACCGUACAAGUCAACCUUUGACCUGACUAAUAUGGCCAACUCGUUGAUACAUCCAGGGAAGGGCGUCAACACAGCCAUAGGUCUAAAAAAACUAAGAGAAAUUUACAACACACAAGCACGCACGAAAGCACCUAGAAUAGGAAUUGUCAUUACUGAUCAAACAUCAACUGAUACUGCGGCUACUAAACAAGAGGCAGAGCAAGCAAAGAGAGAAGGAAUCAAUCUAAUGACUAUUGGCAUUGGUAACAGUAUCAAUCCACGUGAACUACAGCAGCUAUCAUCUUCUGAGAGAUUUAUCCACAGAACUGACAACUUUAACAGCUUGGAGAUGAUCAUGCCUCAAAUUCGACAGCAAAUUUGUGAAAUUAUCAUGAAACCUAAAGGUGAUUCUUUUACGGAAUUGUGUUCGGGUUGCCUAAUCGACAAGGGAACAGGAUUUAAUCCUUACCCAGGAGACUGUACAAAGUAUGUGCAGUGCUGGCGCGACAGUAACAGGGUAAUGGGAGCAGUUAAAUCCUGUCCAUUUGGUCAGUUCUGGGACAGAGUUGCAAUGGCUUGUCAACCAUCACUUAGCGUACAGUGCCCAGCAGAUGUAUGUCGACAUUCACCUGAUGGGUUUACCUAUGGUAUGAAAAACAAAGGUUGCAGAGCUUAUUGGUUGUGUGUAAACGGACAUAGUGUUGGAUCAUGUUGUCCUGAGGGUAGUUACUAUGUAGAAGGAAUGGGAUGCAUGAGAGGAAAAGCAUGCAAAGAACCUUGUCCACCAGAUGGCGGUAUUAUUCUUACUCCUGACUGCAGCAAGGAAGAACACUGGGAUCAACGUUACUUUAUAGAGAAUGUUCCAUUCUAUGGCAAGGUAGUAAGGCCAUGUCCACCUGGAACAGUCUAUUCCACAAGUUAUUGUGAUUGUGUUGUGAGGGACACCAACAGCCUUAUUCCAAUACUUCCUGGAGAUAAAUGCAGAGCAAAGGCUCAUUUCAAUUUUGACGUUGAUAUGAAAGAUAAAUCUGGUGGAUCGGUCCCGAUCUCAUACCUUAAUGUCCAGCGAACAAGAUACGGAACAGCACAUUUCACUGGAAACGGUGAAAUGAAUUUGUGGAAAAAUAGAAAUAUUAAUAUUAACAACAAGUUUGUACUUCGGUUCAAGUUCAAAUUGGGCAGAUGGACCGACCGUUUUGACUACGGUGGUGUAAUUGUCGACAUGGGAAAAGGUGGCGACGUACACUGGAAGUAUGAUAUUGAAUCUGGAUGGACAAGAAACAUCACUGUUGGUGGCGGCUGGGAUAUUCGAAAUUUGGUUAAGCUUUUCCGUACACUUAUCAGUUCUAGAACGGAACCGGAAAUGAAACAAAAUAUGUGGAAAGUAGCUAAUUCAAUGGAUUUCAAGACAUUACUGUAUCAGUUAGGAUUUGUACCAAACACGUCCAGUGGUAUGCAGUUAUUAAGAUUGUUGCUGAAUGGAAAUGGAGCAGAUAUCUUACAGAAGAUUGUUAUUGCACUAGAAAAACAAAAAUCACCUUAUGAUAUGCGAAUGACUUUGAAAACGAUGUUAUCUAGACCAGAAAUGAGAACAUGGAUUCUACAAAAUACUCCUAAACAAUAUAUUGAUAUUACAAUGAAAAAUUGGAAUCGCUUCUUAGAAUCACUUGCUUUACCUGAAAACGAAUGGAAAACUGGUAAAAUUACGUGGUAUAAACCUGCUGAUAAAAUUGGAACCGGAAGUAUGUCGUCAAUUGCAAUCAUCGCUGAUUUAUGGAGGACUUUUGCUCGGAUGAUGGGUAUGGAUACGCGCGAUUGGCAAAACUUGCUUCGAAUCACCCUAGGGACAGACAUUAUAGGAGAAGGAGGACGUGUAGAUGUAGAAUUUAUAAAUGAAAUGAAAAAUGUUCUUGGAAGAAAUAAUACUAUUCUACAAGCAUGGCAUGACUUCCUUCGUGGUAAAAAUGUACGUCUCGACUUCGAGGGUAAGAAUCCCACGACAUCAUGGUGGGAGAAAAUAUUUGGAACUGCAACAGGCAUUGCGCCCAUUCCAGGUAUUGAUAGGGGAAUGUCGGUGGGUAUUGUUGCUGAUCUCUGGCGAAAAUUCGUUCAAGAAGCGCAACUUCCGGAAUCAAUGAAAUCAAAAUUAUCAUGGACAUUCGGUGGACCUGAUGCUACAGAAGACGAUCUCUUCAAAGAAAUAAAUUUUGUACUUGGUGAUGAUAAUAUCAAGAAUAAGUGGAUACACUUUAUCCAAGGUCAUUAUUCUCACGGAGGUCCUGGCAAAACGGAAGCCCAAUUAUGGAAACCGGGCCCAAGAGGAGAAUUAUUCUGGAAAAUAAUAUUUGGUCAGGGAAAAGAUGGCUCACAAACUGGAAUUGAUGGCUCACAAACGGGAACAGGACAGACCUCUGUUGAUAUUAAAAAACUCGCUGACUUGUGGAGAACAUUUGUAACCCAAAUGAAAUUGGAGGGACCCCAAUGGAAAGAUCUAUUAAUCUUCACAAACACCGAUCAACCAGGGUCUAAAAAUAUAAAUGUUAAACUACUGUUGAAAGAGAUGAAGAACGUUCUGAUGGCUGACGACAGCGUAGAUACUGCUUGGCUGAAAUAUCUCCAAGACAACGGCAUAGAUAAAUCAUGGUUCCUAAGGAUACUUUUCUCUGAUCAAGGUGGACCUUUCAAUGAAAACUGGGUAUACUGGUACCUUUAUCGUAACAAAGAAUAUACGUCAACCGGCAUGGGUAACUCAACAGGUGGUGGACCAACAAAUAAGAAUCAAAUCAUUGGUUUAUGGAGAGAUUUUGUUACACAAUCUAAACUAGGACCAGAAUGGAAUGGUAUGUUAACAUGGACACUCGGAAGUGGUAAUAAUGGAGGCACCGGCGAGUACAUGGAAUGGAUAUAUGAAAUCAUAUCUGUACUGGCAAACAAGGAAAUGAGAGGCAGAUGGCUAAAUUACCUAAACUCAAAGAAUGUUGGGAAUGAAUGGAUAAACUGGUUCAUGGUUAUAUCUGGUGAUUCGAGAGGUUCUUUUGAAGUGGAUCAAUCUGGUCUAAACUUGGUAAUGAACUUGUGGAAGAGAUUUAUAGGAACAUUAAAUCUGAAUGGACAUGGCGGACAGAACUGGAAUCAAAAAUUAAUUUGGACACUAGGAGGAGGACUUACAGAUAGAUACAUUGAUUGGUCGAAUGAAGUCGUCUCCGUUCUUCAAAAUACUACUAUUCGUGAUCAUUGGUUUAAUUACUUACAGCAAAGCAAUGCGGGUGGUGCUUGGAUAAACUGGUUCCGAAUGAUACUAGAUGUAGGAAGUACUUCCAGUUCAACUGGAAACUGGAUAUGGCAUUAUCUAAGCAGUGGAAUGUCUGUACCACUUGACGUUCUUGCUAAUCUUUGGAUACAGUUUGUUUUCGAUAGAAAUCUUGGUUAUGGUCAAUGGGCAGAUAGUCUUUGGUGGACAUUGAAUGUAAUGCCUGGUGCCAUUUCUGCUGAUGAAUACAUGCAUCUGUUUAAUGAAAUGACUAUAUUGAUGAUGGACGAGAUGAUUCGAAAUGAUUGGAUAACGUUCUUACAUGGCAAUGAUAUUACUGCUUCUUGGAGCUCAGCAGCUGGAACUGGAAUGGCUGGUGGAACCACAGCAGAGUCUCUUGACGCCAUUUUGAAUAGCCUUAGUGGUGGGACAGGUUCUGGAUCAUAUGGUACAAGCUCUGGUAGUAGUUCUGGUGGCUCAGACUUUCUGUGGGCUGCAGGAGGAGAUUGGGAUAUGGAUGGUGGAUUUUCAAGGAAACGCAGAUCAGCUAACAGACAGAAGCGGGCAAUUGUCGACAAGAUGGCACAUGUAGCCUUAGUAGGCAAUUGUGGGAAUAAUGUUAAACCAUCCAUUUCUAUCACAGCAAAUGAACAAAAUGUUAAAAUGAGCUUGUUGACACAAAACAAACCAGCCGAACUAGAAAUUCCAUUGAUACAAGGAUGGAAUGAAGUGACUAUGGUAUAUGACGGUAAAAAUCUUCAUGGAACUGUACAGAACUGGCAAGGAAAAAAACACAAGAAAACACCGUUAACAGGAAAUGUCGUACAGAGACAAGGACUCACAUUCGGAGCAUGCGACAGAUACCCAAGGUUUAAUGGUCAACUUGAUGAUAUUUUGCUUUACAACUGUGUCCCACUGGCAUUAAAGCAAAAAUUACCUUGAACAUUGUUGCUUCAGUUCCCAUCAUGCACUCAAGAUAGUUUAUUUAACUUCAUUGUAAAGAGUUCUCCGGUUUGUCAUCAGGUCAUAAGCGGGUAAAAUGAUAUAAAACGAUACUGCAGUAUAUGGAAGGAGACGCUAUUUUGUGUUUACAACGGACUUUGCAAAUCCAUUUAAAGUCACUUGGUUGUUUAUAAUUUUAUACAUAAUAAAUUUGUUAUCAUAUUUUUA